GCCGGAUGUAGUUUGUCCAUCUCGCUCGCCGUAGCAGCUCAGACGGCGGGACUGCCUGAACUCUCAGAACUAACUCUGUCGCGGCGUUGUGACGUGACUCGAACUGGUUCGAAUACAGCGAGUGACACUUCGCACACUUAGUCACACAGAGAUUAAACAGCAUGGCGAUGUGCUCUUUGGCGUUGUUUCCUCCUCCGUUGCCUUACGGAGAGAGCACCUUGUGCGAAUCCAACAACGAGCUAUUGUCCGGAACGAGCACCGAGGAUCGGUCCAAACAGGAGUCCAGUCACCUGACCCUAUAUUUCCCCCGAGAGUCUCUAAAACUCCACAGUCGCACAGAAAGCAGCAGCAAAGCAGCGUUUCUGGACCAUUCAGAGACACUGUGGAUGAGGAGUGCAGCAGCCUGGAGGGACGGUGCUUUUACAGGUUUGCUCACGGAAAUUACCAACUCAAAAGCAGAGGCCCCUAAAUGGCUCUCUGUGGGCUGUGGUUUCAGCCUGGCGUUGCUGCGAUGGGUCUCGUCUUUUCACAGCUCCUUGUUUCCACAUCUCACUUUAAGCAGCGAAGACAUGAUCGCAGAGUUCUCACAAGUACUGAACUGGACUGACUGUGUGGUGCGAGCCUUCGCUUGGCAUCCUCACGCAGACAAAUUUGCCGUAGCCCUCCUGGACGACUCCAUUAAGAUUUACAACCCCAAAAGAGUCUGGGAGACCAGGAUGUGGACGUGUGAACGGUGGCCAUGUGUGAAAGGGCGCUGCCAUUCUGGAUGUUGGAGUCCAGACGGCAGUCGACUCCUCUUCACCGUGCAGGGCGAGAAAGUCGUCUACGCUCUGACUUUCACAGACUCACCAGGUAUCUCCUCCAGCACAUCUCAGGGGCCACAGGCGGCAUCUGUGGUGGCCGACCUAUCAGAGACGACCUUUAGCACACCAGAUGGAGACGUUGUUGUUGGUGGAGAGAUCCAGUCCCUGGUCUGGGAUCCAAGAGGGGAGAGGCUCGCUGUGCUUCUCAAAGGUGAUCCAGAGUCGUCGGACCAGCUGGCCAUCAUAGCUGUGUUCAGGACUAGGACCAGUCCCAUUUUUGAGCUUUUGCCAUGUGGAUUCGUUCAAGGGGAACCUGAGGCCGAGCCCAGACUGAUGCAGUUUCACCCAAACUUCCAGCACGGAGCUUUACUCACUGUGUGUUGGUCCACUGGGAGAAUCACCCACGUGCCUUUCUACUUCCUGAGCGCUGGCGCCCCCCUGUGUGGCUUGAGUGGCAGUCCGCUGCUUCCUCUGUCUCAGGACAGACCUUCUGACCUGGUCAACAAGUCGCUCUUCACGGAGAUGAUGUCAUGACCAACCGUCGCUCAACGUCACAGACCUUGUUGGAGUUUUUAAUGUUAAUUGGAAAUUGUUAAUAAAUAUGUACAAAGUU